CCGGUGUUAGCAGAUCCACCCAAAACGGACAGUAGGACUCGGAGCAGAAAAUUAUCAAAGAAGAUGGAUGGAAUAAAAACAUAUCAAGAAAAAGAAGAUGAAAUUCAUUCUCAUAGACCUGAUAAUUGUUGUGAUACCUCUGUCAUUGAAAAGAGUGUUUUUACCGACGAUACCCGUGUUUUCACAUGUACAUGUGCGUACUGUGAUUUUUGUCGAGAUAUAUUUGAGAAUGAAGAUAAUUUGUAUGUGCAUGUGUUAAGCAGACAUGGUAAUGAACUUAAGAGAUUAGUCCUAGACUCUAAAAUUGAAUUGACACUACAGUACCCUUGUUGCCAUUGCGAAGAAAUGUUUGCCACUAUAGCUGGAAGAGACUGGCAUAUAAGAUGGAAUCAUGUCCCGCUAGUUACUUGUAAUCAUUGUCAUUCGAAGUGCACAACUGAAUAUGGAUUAAAACAACACAUUAACAAAUAUCAUAAGGACAUACCCAAAAGGAAAAACAAAACAGAUAACAACAGAGUAAUGUCUUGUCACUAUUGUGGAAAUCAAUUUACCUCUUUAUUGAAAAUAAAAAUUCAUAUACAGGAGACUCAUACCGAAAGUUUAUUACAAUGUUACUAUUGUGACAAAAAAUGCUACAACCUAGGAGCGUUAUACGUACAUAUAAAAAAUAAGCAUACAGAUCACAUUAAUGAUUUGAAAGUUAUAAGGCUGAAGAUUAAGGAGCACAUGAGAAUGUCGUCUGGUGGUACUUCUUCAAACUGUCAUAAUAAUAUGUCUACACCCAGCAACAAUUAUCAGAAUGGCAGUACUAUUGAUGGAAAUACUAACACUAUGAAUAUACCAAGUCAGUUAUGUGAUUUUUGUGAAAGGAAAUUCAACACAGAUAAUUUAUUGUAUAGUCAUAUUUUUAGCAGACAUCAGGACAAGGUCAGACGUUUGUGCUUGGAGUCAAAUGAAAAACUAAAAAUACAAUAUAACACUCAGCAAGGAUUAGAAAAAUACAUUCACCACCCGAACUGUAUUUAUUUGAAGUUGAGCAUUAUUGAUGAAGCGCAGUUGGGAACAGUAGAUUUUGACCUUCCAUCGUGUCAAUAUUGUGGAGAAAGUUUUAUUUCAUUGCAUGAGCUACAAACUCACACGUGUAUUCAAAAGAAGUAUAUAAAGACAGAAUAUCAGGAAUUACGCAGUAAUAAAGCAAUCCCAAGCACACGGGGACUCGGAUCUCAUGUUGAAACAAAAGAAAAAAAUGGCUGUAAGAAUUUGAAUAUUCUACCAAAAGAAGAAGGUAUAAAUGGGUGUUAUCAUACAAUCCCGAUAAAAGAAGAACCAACUGUGUACUUCCUUCCAUACCAUAUAGAUAAUAUGACACAUACAAUAAGUAAUAAGUCAGCUUUACACCUAGAGAAACAGUUUCUGAGUGAGACAAAGAGCUAAAACUGUGUGUGAGUUUUGGUAGUAGAAGUACGAGUUACGUUUAAAAGGAUUUCCAGAAUGACAUUAGAGCAGUAAAGACGGAGGUCCUCGGUAAAUGGUUUUCGUAGUAAAGACAGAAAUUGAUGAUUCUAGGAUAUUUCAAAGUAACCUUGACUUUGUCAAGGAACAUGACGAUGGAGGAUUUAAUCAUCUUUAACUUUGACUUUGUUUUUGGAAGCAUAGUUGUUUUAGUAAAAUUGAAAAGUAAUCACAAAGAAAGAUAACAAAGAAUGCUCGGUUUUAUUAUAAUAAACAACAGGAAAC